GGAUGUGAAUCGGCGGCGGCGGAGGAGGAGGAGUCGGUGGGCCGGCGCCGGGCCUGUGGGAGCGCGGAGGAUGAGGCCGCUGCCGGGCGCUCCUGGCGUGGCGGCGGCCGCCGCGUUGUUGCUGCUGCUGCUGCCCCGGGCUCGGGCUGACGAGCACGAACACACGUAUCAAGAUAAAGAAGAAGUUGUUUUAUGGAUGAAUACUGUUGGACCCUACCACAAUCGCCAGGAAACAUACAAAUACUUCUCACUUCCAUUCUGUGUGGGGUCAAAAAAAAGUAUCAGUCAUUACCAUGAAACUUUAGGAGAAGCACUUCAAGGAGUUGAAUUAGAAUUUAGUGGCCUGGAUAUUAAAUUUAAAGAUGAUGUGAUGCCAGGUACUUACUGUGAAAUUGAUUUAGAUAAAGAGAAGAGAGAUGCAUUUGUAUAUGCUAUCAAGAAUCACUAUUGGUAUCAGAUGUACAUAGAUGACUUACCAAUAUGGGGUAUUGUUGGUGAAGCAGAUGAAAAUGGGGAAGAUUACUAUCUUUGGACCUACAAAAAACUUGAAAUAGGCUUUAAUGGAAAUCGAAUUGUUGAUGUUAAUCUAACUAGUGAAGGAAAAGUCAAACUGGUUCCAAAUACUAAAAUACAGAUGUCAUAUUCAGUAAAAUGGAAAAAAUCAGAUGUAAAAUUCGAAGAUCGAUUCGAUAAGUAUCUUGAUCCAUCCUUUUUUCAACAUAGGAUUCACUGGUUUUCAAUUUUCAAUUCUUUCAUGAUGGUGAUCUUCUUAGUGGGUUUAGUGUCAAUGAUUUUAAUGAGAACUUUAAGAAAAGAUUAUGCACGAUACAGUAAAGAAGAAGAAAUGGAUGACAUGGACAGAGACCUAGGAGAUGAAUAUGGAUGGAAGCAGGUGCAUGGAGAUGUGUUCAGACCAUCAAGUCACCCUCUGAUAUUUUCUUCUCUCAUUGGCUCUGGAUGUCAGAUAUUUGCUGUGUCUCUCAUUGUUAUUAUUGUUGCCAUGAUAGAGGAUUUAUAUACAGAGAGGGGAUCAAUGCUCAGUACAGCCAUAUUUGUCUAUGCUGCUACAUCUCCAGUGAACGGGUAUUUUGGAGGAAGUCUGUAUGCUAGACAAGGAGGAAGGAGAUGGAUAAAGCAGAUGUUUAUUGGGGCUUUCCUUAUCCCAGCUAUGGUGUGUGGCACUGCUUUCUUCAUCAACUUUAUAGCCAUUUAUUAUCAUGCCUCUAGAGCCAUUCCUUUUGGAACAAUGGUGGCCGUUUGUUGCAUCUGUUUUUUUGUUAUUCUUCCUCUAAAUCUUGUUGGUACAAUACUUGGCCGAAAUCUGUCAGGUCAGCCCAACUUCCCUUGUCGUGUCAAUGCUGUGCCUCGUCCUAUCCCGGAGAAAAAAUGGUUCAUGGAGCCUGCAGUUAUUGUGUGCCUAGGAGGAAUUUUACCUUUUGGCUCAAUCUUUAUUGAAAUGUAUUUCAUCUUCACGUCUUUCUGGGCAUAUAAGAUCUACUAUGUCUAUGGCUUCAUGAUGCUGGUGCUGGUCAUCCUGUGCAUUGUGACUGUCUGUGUGACUAUCGUGUGCACAUACUUUCUGCUAAAUGCAGAGGAUUAUAGGUGGCAAUGGACAAGUUUUCUCUCUGCUGCAUCAACUGCAAUCUAUGUUUACAUGUAUUCCUUUUACUACUAUUUUUUCAAAACAAAGAUGUAUGGCUUAUUUCAAACAUCAUUUUACUUUGGCUAUAUGGCAGUAUUUAGCACAGCCUUGGGGAUAAUGUGUGGAGCAAUCGGUUACAUGGGAACAAGUGCCUUUGUUCGAAAAAUCUAUACUAAUGUGAAAAUUGACUAGACAAGUGAGACAGCCUGGAACUUCGGAUCAGUUUCUCUUUCAUGAGGGUGGAACUUGCACAGAAAAGAAGAAUAAGCGCAAGAAGAGAUUUGGGCUUAACACUGGGUACUUCGUGGGUCUCUCAUGGAUGGCUUAAUGUAACAUCUAUUUCCAUUGAUCCUAGGUUCUUACUGACUGCUUUCUCCAACUGUUCACAGCAAAUGCUUGGAUUUUAUGCAGUAGGCAUUCCUACAGUACAUGGCUAAUCUUCCCCAAACUAGCUCAUUAAAAAUGAAAUAGACCAGCUCUCUUCAGUGAAGAGGACAAAUAGUUUAUUUAAAGCAUUUGUUCCAAUAAAAUAACUAGAGGGAAACUUGGAUGCUAAAAUUCCAUGAGUAGAAAUCUUCCUGGCACUUGGCGUUUCUAUGUUAUUGAAAGAUGAUGCUCCAGAAAGAUGACUUUUCUCUUAUUUUUACUGCCAUUGUGGG